GCCUAAGUUGUUAGUAUGGGUGCCCCUGUAGAGGGCAGCCAGGGAAGGACCAGGGCACGGAAGCUGGAGUGUGAGGUACCCUGCGCUGGCGAAGUUAACCCCGACGUCCCCAAAAGAACGAUGGGGCCUGCGGCCCGGCGUCCCCAUCACUGCAUCAACAUGGGGACGUCGCUUUUGCCACUCCCAAGAUGGCGCCGUCGCCUCCUGCGUCCCGCCUGCGUUCGGUCCUUUCCGGAUUUCCACCAGCUCAGCCACUCCGCCAACCGGAACUGCCCUGCGCCACGGCGCCGAGAUGGCGGCCGGACGCUCAGCAGGAGCGCCCCCACUUGCCGAUUACUUAAAAUGGCAGCCGCGGGGAGGGGCCGCCGGCCGCGGGGCAUGCUGGGGGCCGGCGCGCGGGUUGCCGGAACGGGGCGGAGCGCGGCUGCGCCGGCGCGUCGAGGGGGAGAGGCAGCCGCCGCGAUGGACGUGUUUCUCAUGAUCCGGCGCCACAAAACCACCAUCUUCACUGACGCCAAGGAGUCGAGCACCGUGUUUGAGCUGAAGCGCAUCGUCGAGGGCAUCCUCAAGCGGCCGCCGGACGAGCAGCGGCUGUACAAGGACGACCAGCUUUUGGACGACAGCAAGACAUUGGGCGAGUGUGGCUUCACCAGCCAGACGGCUCGGCCGCAGGCCCCAGCCACUGUGGGGCUAGCCUUCCGGGCAGAUGAUGCUUUUGAGGCCCUGCGCAUUGAGCCCUUCUCUAGCCCCCCUGAGCUGCCGGACGUGAUGAAGCCACAGGACUCGGGAAGCAGCGCCAAUGAACAAGCUGUGCAGUGAGUGGGCCGCCGCAGCGUCCCCACUUCUCCCCCAAUAAAAAGAUUUGGGUGUC